GUCAAAACAAGUCAUAUGAAGGGUUAAUCUUUGAUCAAAAGUUCAGUUGUUGAAGUCCAUAGUCCAUUGCUGUGCCUAUUCUGCCUAUUUACAUAAUUUCAACACAAUUUCUGAAUGAUAUAGCUUUCCUCAGCAAAUUCUUUAAUUAAUACAGGUCUGUCUCUGUCUCUGUCCUAAAACUGAAAAGAACUGCAGGUAGCCAGCCUAACAUUACGAACAAGAGUAUUGGUUGCUCCUGUCUAUUCAUAACCAAUAAGCGCAGUGUUGCUAUGCAUUAUCGCUGUAUUGGUUGGCGGACACGGCUGUCAAUUUGUCUCCAGACGAAGUACAGUGUGGUUCUGUGCAAUUACAUCAAACUCGGUCUGUGCACCGCGCGCUUGAAAGCUUUGCGUCUGCACGACUUGCCAGGCUGGAGAGGAAAUUUACCUCGAAAGGAAUGCGAAGAAGGUUUUAGGUUUGGCAUUGCUACGAGGAAAAACGAGGAGGUGCGACUUUUUAAGUGAUCAACAUAUAUUUUUCUUCUAUUCAAAGGUGUGUGCCUCCCGCCCCGCCCCCCACCACGGCCCUCACCUGUGUAUUGCGGUGCUUCCCCUGCGAGCCUAGCUGGGCCGGCAGCCCUUUCCUGCACCGCCCCCCCACCCCGCCCCACCCGAUGGUCAGGAUGACGCGCUCCAAGACCUUCCAGGCCUACCUGCCCAGCUGCCACCGAACCUACAGCUGCAUCCACUGCAGAGCGCACCUGGCCAACCACGACGAGCUCAUCUCCAAGUCUUUCCAGGGGAGCCAAGGCAGAGCUUAUCUGUUCAACUCAGUGGUGAACGUGGGGUGUGGGCCGGCGGAAGAGAGAGUGUUGCUCACGGGGCUCCAUGCUGUGGCAGAUAUCUACUGUGAGAACUGCAAGACAACUCUGGGUUGGAAAUAUACGAAGCGUCAUCCGUGACUCGGUUUGGGGUUGAAUGGGGGUGGAUGGGAGGGAGGAGGUGAGUGUUGUGGGUGAGUGUGUGACUUUGAUUUACCAUGGAACCUCUGUCCUCCCCUCCUGAUGACACACCAGCAGCCUCCAGGGUAGGAGUAGUAGGGAGUGUGUGUGUGUGUGUGAGG